GUGGCGGUACAUAGCCUUCAUUUUCGUGUCUCAGAUUCUUGGUGUUCUAUCAUUCUCGGUUUACUCGUUUGUACCACUAUCAUUCUUAUCGUCUUUUAUAUAUAAAAGCUCACUACUUGCUUUUCCUGUCAAUGACGGUUUCCAACAUAUGUUUUUGGCCACAUCAGAGAUCCGUUUGACAUACAGUUCUACAAAUGUGUAUCAUUAAUGUUAGCAUGACAAAUAUCUUACUCAAAAUCAGCUCGGAAAUAAUUAGCUUUACAAUUUUUGUCAUUUUACCGGCUUUUGACUCAUAAUUGAGACAUUUUGCUGUGGUUAUAGUUUCAGAUUAGUUCACGCACACAAUGCCGCUCGAAUUAUUCUAAAUCGUUUUGUAAGUGGUUUCUUUGACGUAAUGUAGUCCGUAGAAUAAAUGUUGCUUUUAUUCCGAAUUCAUAGUAUUUAAUGUCAAUUUAAUUUACAUCACUAGUCACUUAUCUCAUUAAGCUGCCUCGGUGAGAAGUGUGGCAGUUACACAUUAUUAUACUGAACGAACCACAAAUCACGUCCUGUGUCACUCAGUGCAGACUCAUCCAAACUGUUGUAGAAGGGACUAAAGGAUCCUCAGCAUAGAUGUCUUCCGUAUCUAGCAGCAUUAGGUCACUGGUUCCUUCAAGCAGGGUCCUAUUUUCAUUUGACACUAGAAAAAUAAAUUACAUGAAGUACUAUCCUAACUCACCAGGGAUAUAUAAAGUUUAAUCGUGAAGAACGUCCAAGCUUUAUGGACCACCUUAUCAGGCAACAAACCAACACUUGACUACUCGUAAAGAGGUGUGCCUCCAGUUUAGUCUACUGUGUUGUGCUCUAACUCACGAGUAUACCCUAAAAUCUGCGUUAGGACAGCUCAAGUAGGGGACGUAUGUUUAUUACAUUCAGGGGUGUCGCCACGAUCAAAGUCGCUCCUUGGUAUGGCAAAGCAAAACAUUUUGGCCAGAUGAGUUCUUGUUUAGAUUCUGAAGUCCCCGACUUGGCUUGAACUAUGCUCCUGAAUUUUAUUCCUAAAAAUGAGAGUUUUAAUCAUGAUAUAAUUAGAAGAAUGGGAACAGUUCUUUGCUAUCAUGAUUUUCAUCUUUUACAGACACCUCUCCAGUGAUUCAUACGGUUACAAUAGGAUGAAAAGUCAUUUCUCUUGAGUCAGCCAUCCACUGCUUUGUUUCUAGUAGUUGUAGUUCGUUCAUUGAUCGUCAAUUCGCUAGCAUAUUCAUGCGUUAGUAUGGCAAGCUGUUGCGACAUACGUUAAGGGGUAAAAGACUGAUCGUAGUGGCUCCUUGAUUUUUUAAGUUGCUAAAUUCAGUAGGAUUUACUUGGAUAAAGGUUUGUACAUUGUAACGGGACAUGCCUACAAACGACAGGAGUUCUGAUACUGAUCACUUCUGUAUUUGUUAACGGUCGACCGUAAAUAAAACCUGUUCCUGUCAAGUUAAUUCACUCGUUUCUUGCUUUGGCACCCUAAAACUUCACAUCUGAGUAAACUUUCAGUCUAGUAGGUGCUUUGUAUGGAAACGUAGCAAAAGCAUUCUGUCCACUUUGGGUGUUAGUCGUUAUUACCUCUUGUAUCGUGAUUGUGUGCAGGUCCAUAGUUCGUUUCAGAUUUGACGGAUAUAAUAGAUCCACUAGUUCCCACUCAAAACAUAGUUUCGUAUUUAUUUUUAAAAUAAAGUAGUUUUUACGUUUUUUUGUUUUAAUUUUUAGGAAGCUAAAUCAUAUUACUUUCAAUCUCCACAUAAUAAUAGUGCAUUCCAGACCAUUAGAAUGAAUUCUAAGAGCGAUAUGCGUGCCCCUAAACCCCCCAAACCUCCUGAAAAACCAUUGAUGCCAUACAUGCGCUAUAGCCGAAAGGUUUGGGAACAAGUCAAAAACUCGAAUCCACAUCUCAAGUUGUGGGAAGUUGGAAAAAUUAUUGGGCAAAUGUGGCGUGAGCUUCCUGAUGAUGAAAAAAUACUAUAUGUCGAAGAGUACGAUGCCGAAAAAAUCCAAUACACGGAAUUACUACGGCAGUACCAUAGUUCGCCAGCAUAUCAGGCUUGGUUGGUAGCAAAGGAAAGAGCUGAGAAAAGCACGGAAGAACAAGACCAGGAGCGCAGGCAAUCAAUUUUAAGGUCGAGAGAUCGUGGAAAUGAACUCCCUCAGGGUGAUUUGAGGGAGUCAUAUAUACUGGAAGAUAACGAAGAAGGUAAUCUUUGUUUCUUAUAUCGUGGAUUCAACUUGCAUUGGAUAUGAGCGUCAAAAUAUGCUAAGCGAUUUCACGUGGUAACACACUACUAUUAGUAGUAAUGCGUUGGAUCUGCGCGUUUCAAACUUCGUGCCCUCAAUUUAAAACCAGUGAGCAAGAUAUUGUGCCAUUUUAGGGUGUAACUUUUGUAGCCCUCUUCUUUCACUGAGAAGAGAGCGUCGUUGAAGGUACUGAUUGUCCAAGUAAAGCACCUUAUUGCCAUUGCAUCUAAACGGUUAGUCGUAAGAUUUCACCCUCAGACCUUUGCUGCUUUUAUUUCAUCUGCUCUCAAAUCAUUCUGUCUGACGUUGUAGGACCUAAGGAUUGGACGUUGCAAGUAAUACAGCUCGAUUAAGUCAUCACAAUAUGCAAGCUGUACCACCAACUUAAGGUAAUUUCUACUCAGUCAGUCCGCUACAACGUAGGACCAAGCACAUAUGCAUCGGUCCAAGUUGCCAUACCUCAUUAGCACAACAAGAUGAACACCGGAUUCAUAGUAGCUAAGUCAAUGUUUGUUAUAUAUAAAGAAAGAUUGGAUAUAAGGAUAUAGCACAGGGAGAAAAAUUUAGUACGUAGAAAAAAAUUGAGGCGAUUUUAAUCUCUUAGUUUAAAGGAAGACAGAGUGUAUACACCGACGCCAUUGUGAUCGAUUCUGAGCCAUGUCACCAAGAGUCUCCAACCAUUGGUUACGGUAGUCACGCGGACCCCAACUAAGUAGUUUGCAUCUACCAACAUAACUCAGACCAGAAGUUAGUGACUUCAAGCACUGUUUUUGAUCUUGUGCCGCUGUAUUAUGGCAGUUUAACAUAAAUUUGUACCAAGUUGUACGUUGAUUAUGAAAGAUUGAUAGUUUGUAUUUGUGCAAUGUCCGUGAGCAUGAUCCGACCUUGGAAAUAUUACGAAUAUUUAUAUAUAACGAACCUACUUUUUACUUGAAUGUUUCUUUUCAUCAUAGAUACUGAAGACCAAUUCACUGCGAAGCAUGUAGCAGCCGCUCGUUUCCAGAGAAACCAUCGUCUCAUGCAAGAAGUUUUAAGUGAUACGAGACUUCCUGAUCCUGGUCAACUAAUCACCCAAAGCCGUCUUAACACUCUGCGUCUGCAAGUAGAGCAACUGAAAAACCACAAGCGCAAUUUAUGUCAAGAGAUUGAAGGGUGCGAAGCAAGACAUCAAGCCAAAGUGCAGCGCAUUCGUGAAGAAUCGGAACGUUUUCGAUUAGACUAUCAAAAAAUAACGACAACAAGACCAGUUAUCACUGAGUCUCAGUUUGCCGAUAUGAUAAUUAAAGCAAAAUACGAUAUGCAGCGUGAAGAAGAGGAGCGUAAGACUCGUUAUUUGGCGGAAUUAGAAAUCAGACGCAAGCGUCAACAGCAGCGGCAGCAGAGAGAAGCGGAGUUACUGGAAUCUGAACGCAGACGUCAAUUACUACACCAACAACAGUUGCAGCAAGUUCAUAUGAGACCAAAUCAGGCAGCCCCGCCGCACAAUGAUCCGAAUAUUCAAUUUAGUGACCGCUCAUUAGAAAGACUGAUAGCGCAGGACAAAAGAGAAGAUACGAGUUCACAACCCCCACAAAAGUUGCCUUCUGCUUCAGCCAAUUUAUUGUGUCCUACAAAUCAUCCAAAAGCAGCUCCAGAAAUUGGACAUGAAAUCAACACAGGGUUGUAUGCUGGAAUAGGAAAUACAUUCACACAACCAGUCACUCAAAGUUCAUCGCAAAGGUUUCCUCAGUCCGGUCAUACCCAACACCACUAUCCACCCCCAUUACAUUAUGUACCCAACGCCGUGACGCCGGCAAAUCCACCCGUUUUAAUUCAUCAGCGUAGUCCGGUCCCAAACAUACAACAAGCAGCACAAAAUAACACAGGUAAACCAAAUGCAGUAUCUUUAGGCCGUACCAAAAAAGUUCCUUCAUCUGCAUCUUCUACUUCAUCAGCCUCUUCUGCUUCAUCAACAUCGUCAAAAAAGAAAAAGGUUGAUUCAGACCUUGUUAAAGAUGCUGCUGUAACCACAACUAGUCAGGAUAUGCGAGAACGACCUAUUUCUCGUUCUGGCGAAGGAGUAGUCGAUCAAACUAAACCUGGUGACUUUGGUAUGACUCCUGGACAGUCCAACGAAUUUCAGCAAGGGUCUACAACCCAGCCAAGGCAACUCAUAACUUCUCAAUAUCAACAAGCCCCAGCUCCUGCUAACCCCGUCGUUCCAGCGCAAAUUUCGGGGGGGCCGGUGCAGACACCCUACUGCUACGAAAUUGGCAUUGGGAAUCCAUCGAACCCCACUUUGUCUGCUGGCAGUUAUUAUCAUCAACCUGUCUCCGUUUCUAAUCCUGUGGGCUACUCUCAUCCUCGCCCUCAGUUUUCACAACACACUCCCUACAAUGCCGUACAGUAUCAUUCGGUUCCACCACAACCGUCUGCGGAGCAUCCACCUCCCCCACCAAUGUAUAUUCAGCACAUGCCACAACAGUCUCAUGUUCCUCAGCUCGUCCCACCGAUGGUAGGUCCCACUCAACAUCCUUCAAGUCAUAUUCCACCUCAGCAACACAACUCAAAUAACUGGCAUCAUGGUGGCCCACCACCGUAUUCACCACAUUAUGGUCCUCCGCGUUACCCAGUCUUGGGUGGAUCAGUGGGAUACCCAAUGCAGACUCCGAGAAAUUUCGGUCCCAAUUCCAGCGGUUAUUCAAUGCCUCACUAUCUUGUUGGUCAACACGGCCCUCAAACUCAUCCACACCAAAAUAUUUCAUCAGUACCUGUUUCUAUGCAGGACAGUCCUGCUGCUCCCCAGCCAAUUCCAGCACCACCACCUUAUCAACAACAGCAGCAGCCAAAUUCUGUCGUCAGUUAUUGGCCUACACAACAACAGGUACCCCCAGACUAUGUUCAGAGUCAACAUCCGUCUCAUUACAUGCCUGGAUCCCAGACUGAGUCAGUCGUUCCAAGUCAACAAACUCUGUCAUCUGUUGAUAACGUCCAUCCGUGCUCUACUAUGUCGGUGUCUUCUGCGGACGUUGGUAUGGGUCAGAUGGUAUCUAACCAGUCUCAAGGAGCCAAUAUUUAUUAUCAAGGUUGUCCUGUACCACCAUAUACCCAUAGUAGUAAUGUGGGGCCGAGUGGAUUUUAUUCUGUACCACCACAACAUUACACGCCUCAUCAACAUAGUGGUCAUUCUUGGUCUGGUUAUUCUAAUUCUGUUCCUUCACAAGUUCCAUCCUAUCCACAAUCACAGCAACAUACACACCACCAGUCUCCUCAAUGCAGUACGGGUGCUUCUUAUCCUAUUCCCCAAAUAUCAACAAAACCAGAUCAAACUGCAGCAACCAUCCCUACGGAUAAUUCAACUAGCGUUGGUGCCUCUGGAGGUUCUAAUAGUCGACCAUCAUCUACAAAUGACAAAUGACUGUUUUUAUGUUAAUUUUAAAGUCCUAUUAUAUGUUUUAAUAUUUUGUUUUUAGUAGUGUAAACCAUAUUUCCUAAACGCCCAAUAUUAUUUUUAAAACUCAGUGUCAGUGAUUAGUUUGCCGUACCAUCGAUUACUGAUCUUUGCC